CACUCUUCUUCUAUCUGUCUCUAUAAGCAACUUUCGCCGCCAGGAUCCUCCCUUUCUCUUAACCCUUCUCUCUCUCUUCUGCUCUUCAUUUCCCCUCUUAUACAUAUCUAUUCUUUAUCCUUCAUACACUAUUUUUAAUACCCCUGCCUUGCACUACUCUCCCUCCCAUUGUUGUCCCAUACCUCUCCCCUCCGCCGCCCUGCACGUAGCCGCUGUUCAUCCAUGUGUGAUUUACCAUGGAUCUCAACAAGCGGCUCUUUCGCCUCGACAUCGAGAACAACAAGAGCCAACCGCCACCCCUCAAUUUCACCAUGGUCACCACUCCCCCCGAUGAGGAUGAAGACGACGAGCUUAGCCCCUUGAAGCUCCGUGAAGAAUCCUCGAAACCUUCGCAGAUUGAUCUCGCUAAGCGCGUAGACCCCGUCGCGAAUGUACAGCCGUUCGACGCCGCUCUGAGUCGCAUUUAUCGCCACACACCCACCCCGACCGUGGUGUUGGACGCUUCCUUGCAAGUCGUGGAAGUCUCAGAUUCGCACUUGUCGUUUGCCGGCCUGUCAAGGGAUGUGGCAUUGGAAAGCUUCAUUUGCGAUAUCUGUCCUCGCGUCAUCCCCGCCCUCGACAUUGCCACACUCUAUGGCGCGCUUCGGGCGGCGAUCACGUCGCGAGACAUCCAGCAUGUCGACAACAUCCACCUGCCCGACCCCAACUCCUACUACUCACUGCGUAUAACCCCGAUCUACGAGAAGAGCACACUGUUGUACAUGACACUCGAAGCGCACUCCAUCACCAAGAAAUUCUCUAACCCUACAAAUAACCAUCACUCCUAUGUCAACGAUACUUACAAGGUGCUUCUGGACACCGUCAAGGAUUAUGCCAUCUUCAUGCUGGACACGCGAGGUAACAUCGUGACGUGGAACUCCGGUGCCGCCAUUCUGAAAGGGUACAGCGCCCGAGACAUCAUCGGAAAGCACUUCUCCACAUUCUACGGGGAGGAAGAUCGUCUCGCUGAUAAGCCUGGAAAGGAACUGGUCGUCUGUCUUCGGGAGGGCAAGGUGGAAGACGAAGGCUGGCGAUACCGGAAAGACGGUUCACGAUUCUGGGCUAACGUGCUGAUCACCCCGAUGUACGAGUUCGGGCGCCACAUCGGCUUCACUAAGGUCACGCGGGACUUGACCGAGCGCAAUGCCGCCGAAGCACGCAUGAUCGCCGCCUUCGAGGAGUCGGCCAAACUCAAGACCGAUUUCUUGGCGAACAUGAGCCACGAGAUCCGUACGCCCAUGAAUGGCAUGCUUCUCGCCUUGACGACACUUAUGGAAGCGGGCUUGACCGAGCGGCAGCGUGAGUACGCCUCAAUCAUCGAGGAUUCGACCUCCCUUUUACUGCAGGUCAUCAACGAUGUCUUGGAUUACUCAAAACUGUCGUCUGGCUCCUUCUCGCUGCACCCUGACGCGUUCAGUGUCGACAAUGUCACCGGUGCCGUGGUGCGCAAUUGCAAAAGCACUUUGAAACCUGACGUGGAGCUGGUUAGUUACAUCGCCCCGGGCUUCCCCUUACAGGUUGAAGGUGAUCCUCUGCGGUACCGCCAGGUACUUCAGAACCUGGUGGGAAACGCAGUCAAGUUCACCGACAAGGGCUACGUCAAGAUCCAGACCUCUUUCGCUGAAGAUAUGGCCGACCCGACGCUUCUCAACAUCACCACGGAAGUGUUCGACACCGGAGUAGGAGUCCCUGAGGAUGCGCAUAGCUCACUGUUCACCCCAUUCACCCGCUUUGCCGACUCAAGCACGAGAAGAUAUCAAGGUACAGGCCUUGGCCUGUCGAUCUGCAAGAGUUUGGCGGAGCUUAUGGAUGGCAGUGUCGGUUUCCGACCAAAUCCCGAAGGUCGUGGCAGUGUAUUUUGGAUGACGACCAAGAUGCGUCGGGUCGAUAUUAAGGUACCUUUGCGGACCCUUAGUCCCGGUUCCCUUGUGGAGAACGAUGAGGAUAUUGAGGCCAAAAUUCACGCUCUCGCACCUCACAAAUAUGUGUUGCUUGUGGAAGAUAAUCUGGUGAAUCAGAUGGUCAUGCUCAAGCUCCUCAAAAACAUGGGCUUUGCCCGGGUCGAUGCUGCUUGGGAUGGAGCAGAAGCCGUGCGCCUGGUUAAGCAACAACCGUUUGCCUACAACUUGAUUCUGAUGGAUAUCAACAUGCCGAUUUUGGACGGUGUUGAAGCGACUCAGCAGAUCCGGCAGAUGGGGCUGGACGUCCCCAUUAUUGCACUUACCGGCAACGCGCUCAAGGGUGAUGCGGAGAUGUACAUGGCUAAAGGCAUGAGCGAUUACAUCGGGAAGCCUAUUCAUCGGAAACAGCUUACCCGGUUGAUCUGGAAAUGGAUUGGCACCUGAUUGGACACUAACAAGCCAAUUUUGUUGUUCUGACCUGUCGUCUUUCGCAACAAACCGGUGGCUAAUCUAAUCGCUCUAGACCUGCUAUCUGCGACGGCGCGUUGAGAGCUGGUCUCUGCCUCAAUAGCCGCACCCCAACCAAGCAGCAGCCCAGAUGGGGGAACCAAAGGUCCCUCGGCUACA